AUAAUACACUGCCCGGAUGAACAUUCCAAACCCCCAACCAUAUCUCAUCGUAAAAUUUGCAGCUCGUAUAGGACAGUAAACGAAGAAACCAUCGUCGUACGUCGUCCAUGUCUGACGCCCCUCCCAUGGCCGAGAAACCAACUAUCAAGGUGGAGACGACGCCGGGAGACUGGAGGUUCCCGUCGGCCAACCAGACCAAGCGAUGCUUCACGUGCUACAUCGAGUACAACAAGUGCAUAGAAGCCAAGGGUGAAGGGUCCGACGAGUGCACCAAGUAUGCCAAGUGCUACAGAUCCCUCUGCCCCGGGGAAUGGAUCGAGAGGUGGAAGGAGCAGAGGGCAAACGGGACUUUCGCUGGGCCUCUCUGAAACGGGGACAGCGACCGAUCGAUCGACCAUAUCUCUACAUAUAUCGAUCGGCUACAGCUAAUAAUACCAAUCAAUCCUGUAUGCAAUGUCGUCUCGAUCGUCAGGGUGAAGCCUCGUCGUGACACUCCUAGCUAGUAUUAUGUACACUCAUGACAGUGUCAGUUAUUAAUUGGUUGUUGUGUCUAAUUGCAGUAUUAGUAGCGAACUAGCGAUGCCCCUGCACUGCUGUACAGUGCCGUGACAAGCUACUCUGAAUUUUUUAGAUAGUACGCUAGCUGCACCCGUCAUAAAUUUGGUUGUCUUUGGUUUCGGUUGGCUCUGCUUCCAUGUUGCUCUACUACUAGUCUACUACUAAUAAUGGGUAAUUAGCUA